CUGCUGGAGGCGCGGUGGUGAAGCAGGUGAACUGCAGCUGUAGUUCCAGAUCAUGCCGCAGAUUUUACACCAAUCAGGAGCUCGAGCUGUGAACAUGGCGUCCUCCUGAGCUGAGCUACUGGAGUGUGUGGAAGGAGGAAAUAAACGUCAUUUAUUCCGGUUCUGAACCCUGAAUCUAAGAACCUGCAGUCAGGAUGAACAGCUGGUCUGAAAGAGUUCUGCAGCUCCUGCGCCGGAUGAACAGCUUUCACCUACCGGGAUCCAGUAUAGAGCGGUGUCUGCGGUUCGAGGUUGGGGGGCAGCAGGUGGGAUGGGUCCCGGAGAGCGUGGCGUCUGUCCUGGGCAGGUUCCCGGAGGUGUUCUGCCCUCCACACACGGGCACUGUGUCUCUCUGCCCCGGGCUGGACUCUUUAGAGCGGAGGUCGGAGGCUGUGGAGGCGGUGCUGCAGGAUCUGAGGGGUGGAGCUACCUUCACCUGUCUGAGUGGCUGGAGAAAUGAGAAAUAUGCAGUGAUGCCGAGGUACUGUGACCCUCCCCUGAUGCACAUGGAAAGAGCAGCUACAAGUCUGUUUGGAGUGAAGCGUUACGGUGUCCAUGUGAAUGGUUUUAGUCGGGAUGGAAGCGGAAAUCUGAGCAUGUGGGUGGCGAGGAGAUCCAAAACCAAACAGACGUAUCCCGGAAAACUGGACAACCUGGCGGCGGGUGGUCUUGCGGCAGGCUGUAGUGUUAAACACACUCUGGUGAAGGAGUGUGAGGAGGAGGCAUGUAUCCCUUCGUCACUGGCAGAGAGAGCGACACCUGUAGGGACCAUCAGCUACACGUAUGAAGAUGAGGAUGGAGUUUUUCCUGAGUGCCAGUUUGUCUUUGACCUAGAGCUGCCCACUGACUUCAAGCCCAAGAUUGGGGAUGGAGAGGUGCAGGAUUUCUACUACUACCCUAUAGAGACGGUGAAGGAGCUGCUGGCGAGUGAGGAGUUUAAGCCUAACUGUGCGAUGGUGGUGCUGGAUUUCCUCAUUCGACACUCCGUCAUCCAUCCCGACUCAGAGCCGUAUUAUCAGGAGUUUGUUGCUGGGUUGCACAGAUCAUUAUAAUCACACAGCCACACACUUCAGUACACUGGAAACACUGCAGCCUUAGCUUGUGUGUGUGCAUGUAUGUGUGGGAAAGAGAGAAAGAGAAAUCAUACACUCCAUUAUGUCUGCGCUGCCAUAAUACUUCUGUACUUGUACAGUGUUCACAUUUGAGUCGUUGAAAAAAAAAAACACGGGAAGAUUUUCCCUAUAAGAACUUUUAUUUUUUUCGGUAUUUUAAAACAACUUUGUCGAAAUCCAGUGAUGCACUUGAGUACAAAAGAUUAUUGAUGCAUCAGAGGGUUUUUCUGACAGUGUAAUGCAGAAUCUCAUCAGAAAUUGCUCGCAUUUGUAUAAUAUGGCAUUAAAAAAGCUGUUUUAAAAUCC